GUUAUUAUUUAGAGUUGUUAUCAGGAAGAUGCUGCCGCACAUCUCCUGUUUCAGUUUUCCUGUGUCGACUUUUACAACACCCUAGAUGUUGUAUUCUCUUUCGCCGCCACUGAGCGGCGCUGGCACAAUGUUAUAACCUUGUUUUGAUUAUAUCAAAAGUCCUGUGCAAUAUUGAUCAGUUAAUUCUCAUGCAAAAACAAAUAAAAAAGCUCUAAUAAAGAACGGUUUUAUCUCGUAUUACUGCGAUGAUAAAAUUAGAAUCGACUGGCAUCGCCUGCGCAGCGCCAGUCGCGACCGAGCGCUCGCGACGGUCACACUUGCGCUCCACUACGCGAAACGCGCGAAAUUCAAUCUCGUUUCCUAUUGUUUUUGCAUUCGUUCAGUGUGUUACGAAACUGUGCUUGUGUAUAACACCGUGAAUGUGCAAGGUUAUUAGUGAAACAGCCUAAUUGGAACGCAGAUCGUUCAUCGAUUUCGCGAUCUGUGUGAUGCGUAUGUCAGACUUGUAAAAGAUCAUCCGAGAUGAUCCACGUGGACGAGACGGAUCCAGUAGGCGAGAUAGAGCCGCCCUUUUCCUACCGAGAUGUGACUAUCAAACGAAAUACGGACGUCAACGAGUUCUUCGAGAUGCUAUCGGAAAUCGGACGUGGCAAAUUCGGGACAGUUUACCUCUGCCGGGAGAAGAGCACAGGUCUCGAGCUAGCGGCGAAGCUGGUGUCAGUCAACAGACGUGACGAAAGGCGCAAUGUGGAGCGAGAAGUGGAAGUGAUGCGACGGCUGAGGCAUCCGCGGCUCAUUCAGCUAUACGACGCCUACGAGUGGGGGAAGUACAUGUGCGUCGUUCUCGAGCUCAUAACUGGUGGCGAGCUGUUUGAGCGAGUGAUCGACGAGGAUUUCGUGCUAACAGAGCGCGCAUGCACCGUAUUCAUGAGGCAGAUAUGCGAGGGAAUCGAGUUCGUGCACCGGCAGAACAUAUUGCAUCUAGAUAUGAAGCCAGAAAACAUCUUAUGUCUUACAAAAUCGGGUAACAGAAUAAAAAUCAUCGAUUUUGGAUUAGCACGGUUCUACGAUCCUGAGAAGAAACUACAGGUGCUAUUUGGAACACCCGAGUUUGUGGCGCCGGAAGUGGUUAACUUCGACCAGAUCGGAUACGGGACCGACAUGUGGUCCAUUGGCGUAAUAUGUUACGUGCUCUUGUCGGGCCUGUCACCUUUCAUGGGCGAGACGGAUAUUGAAACCAUGGCGAACGUAACAGUUGCAAAAUACGAUUUUGAUGAUGAAGCAUUUAACGAAAUAUCUGAUGACGCCAAGGACUUCAUUCAGAAACUGCUCGUGAAAGACAAAGAGUCACGACCGAGCGCCACGGAGUGUUUGCAUCACCGUUGGCUCGUCAAACGGACUCAAGUGAAGAGAGACAAACCCAGACCCCAACCAUCGCCGAAACAAGAACUUGACGUCGCAAAAGAUAACCUACGCCUUUUCGUCGAGCGAUGGAGUGAACAUCCCAAUUCUCCAUACGUCUUCGACAAUCAGGCACAUGAGAUCAUAUACCUCCUUAAUGGAAAUUACGAAAGAUCCUCUAUGGGAGGCUGUUCACCGUCCCCCAGAAGUUCACUUAGCAGUUCACCCGAUAUAAUCUUUGAUGAAGAUGACCUUGAACCACCUCCUUUAAGAGAUCCAACGCCAUUAACACAAAGAUAUAACCCUGUGGAAAGAAGAGCAUCAGACAGCAGCUGUUUCUUACAUAAAAAACAGGACGUACUCGUCAGAAAGAAUUUAGCUGAAGAAAUCAAGAAACUGUCUGAUCAUCUUUUCAUGUUGUCCACAAUGAGUACGGAUCUAGUAAACAAUAACAGCUUCAAGGAAUUCGACAAGAACUUUACAGAAACCAAAAACGCGUCGAAGGAUGAAAAGAAACUGCAGAAUGGAUUUAAAACUGAAUCAAGAACAUCAAUCACAAACACCGUGACAAACGGGGACGCGACGAAGGCAGAAAGAAAAGUUUUUACUUCAAAAUCAACAAAUAAAAUAAGUUCAGCAUUUCUCACAGAGAAGGAGCAGGAGAAACCGAUGACGAGCAAAAUGCCCUGGGCGAAAUCGGCCAGGUCAAAGAGACUAACUAAUAUGAGCCGAGAUGUACCAGACCAACCGAAAGACCGACACAGCACGUUCUUCGAAGAAUUUGACAAAAGACGAGAGAUGAUCGGAAAAUUAGUUAACGGAUCUGCAAACGGAAGACAGCUGCCUUAUAAAAGAGGAGAUGAAAAUAACGCUCACAGGACGAAAGACCGUCUAUUACAUCUUCUUGGAAAAUGGGCGGAUACAGAAGUAGAAGGAGAAAGAACUGCGGGCGGCACUUCGAAUUGUGGAAGGCAUCAAUCGAUAUCUCUGGAAUGGUCACCAUCAAAUCAACUAGCCCAAAAUUCUAUGUCAAGCCUUCACGCUUUCUUUCAGAGACAAACAUCUGAUGAAAAGAAACAAAGGAAAAAAUGACAAGUGUAAAUUAUCUGUAUAAAAAUUUGUAUGUAUGUUUUGUAAACAGGGACAUAAGUGCCAUGAUAUUGUGUUGUUCAGAAAGGUUUACUACGGAAUGGUUUAUAAUUAGUCCUCGAACAUCUCGCUGCAAAAUACCUAUAAACCAGAAAAAUUAAAAAAAAAAAAACAAAAGUAAAAUAUUAGAUCUCAAUUUAUUGAUAAAAUAUUUAGUUAUAAUAAUUGUAGUCUCAUGCUUGUUAUGUUAUACAGCAAUAAGACCUCCAUUUCAAAUUUAACUUUGGAUUAAAAAACUGCAAUUUACCUAAUAAAAAAGUAAAAAAUACAUACAUUUCUAUUCUUGGUGAAUCAUUUUACUCAAAAAUGAAUGCAUACACGUGACUUAGGAAAAAGCCUCAAAACAAAAACAAAAUUUAUUUUCUGAGGGAAAAUUGGUAAAACGCAGAUAAAUUACAGAUCACUAUCGUAGGAUUUGAUACAAUCCGCUUAGCAGCUCUUAUUGCUUAUUCCAUCUUACCUCGCAAAAGGUAUUACAACCAAUACAGAGUUUAUCUUUCUGAAUAAAUGGUAUGCGUGUUACCAAAGUGAGGAAAUGAGAUUGUUUUGAUAUUAAGUUUAAUUUUUUAUUUUUGUAGAAAUGACAAUGAAAUGACAGCGUUAUACUAUCGAACUUAUAAUAUACGAAUCUAGUCUCCGAACACAAAGCUCUGUAUGACAUCCGAUCGAAAAUCAAGACAAGACUGAGAUACAAUUUCAAAAUUGUUUAAAUGACAUUGACAAUAGAUUAAUUUUUACUUGUAAAUAUAUACCAUAUAAUAUUUCGGGAACUUACGUCUUCCGAUCCUAUCCCGCGUAUUUAAAUUUUGUUCCUUUUUCCGUACUUAAGUAUAAUGUACUACAUAUAUUUUAUUGUUUUACGAUAAAAUGUUGUUUAAAAAUAUAAGGCUUUAU